UGUGCGUUGCCCCCACCCACGUGACCGGCACGUCCGCGCCUGUGCGCUUCUUUUCCCGUGACGUCAUGACGCACGGCCGCGCCUCCGUCGGUCCCUGAGCCGGCUUUCCGCUUCUCACUCGGAGCCCGGCCGCGCUUACGAGGCUUGCGCGAUUGCGCUUCGCGCGGCCCGGUUAACGUCGAGUCCAAGUGUCGUCGUCGUCGUCGUCGUCGUCUUCGCGAAGCGCGCCGCCCGCCGCCCGCCGCCAUGAGCGCUCUGCGUCGCCUGGUCCGCAGGACGCCGCUUCUGCUUCCGAACGGAAGCCACCGCCGGACGUCGGGCCGCCUUCCCGCCGAACGGAGAGAGGCCAGCUCGGCGAGUUCGGCGGGCGCCAGCCCCGUCGACCUGACGUACGACGUGUUCGACGGCAACGGAGAGAGCGCCGCCGCCGCCGCCGCCGCCGCCGCCGCGCCGCUCAACUUCCUGCACGGGCUGUUUGGGAGCAAAUCCAACUUUCAUUCCAUCGCCAAAUCGCUGGUGCAGCGGACGGGACGAAAGGUGCUGACGGUUGACGCCCGUAACCACGGCAACAGCCCGCAUGACCCCCAGCUGACCUACGAGGCCAUGAGCGGCGACCUGGCGCACCUUCUGGCUCAGCUGCGCAUCGACAAGUGCGUCCUGAUCGGACACAGCAUGGGCGGGAAGACGGCCAUGACCGCCGCCAUCACGCAGCCGGCGCUGGUGGAGCGGCUGGUGGUGGUGGACGUCAGCCCGGCCCGGAGCGACACCGCCACCGACUUCCACUCCUACGUGCGCGCCAUGAGGGACGUGGACGUCUCCGGCGACUUGCCGCGCUCCACCGCCAGACGCGUGGCCGAGGACCAGCUGCGACGCGCGGUCAAGGAGCGCUCGGUCCGGCAUUUCCUGCUCAGCAACCUGGUGGAGCGCGACGGCCGCUACGUCUGGAGGCUCAACCUGGACGCCAUCUCGGCUCAUCUCCGUGACGUCAGCGGCUUCCCCGCCUUUGGCUCCGCCUACCACGGCCCCACCCUCUUCCUGGGCGGAGCCUCUUCUGGCUACAUCAGCUCCGAAGACUACCCGGAAAUCGAGAGGCUCUUCCCGCGCGCCGACAUCCAGUACAUCCCCGACGCCGGCCACUGGGUCCACGCCGACAAACCUUUGGACUUCAUCAGCUCCGUCAUCUCCUUCCUGCAGUCCUAGAGCUCCGCCCGAUGCCGCAACGCCAAUCUUGUUGGCGCUGUACGGGACACGCGAUGAUGGUGGCGACGCCUUCCGGACGCAACGUUGUCACUUUCUCGCCGUCAAGAAACGGGAGACUUUGGGAUAACAUCACUUUGGGCAAAGGAAAAGGAGAAGGCGCUCGGGCUCCCCAACAAACUUGCUUCCAAAUGUUUGUGACGCGGGAAAAAGCAAUGGUAGCGGGCAAGUUACAAUCGCCGAUUCCUUUUUGCUGCCCGCCGCUAAGCGAGGACGCCGCGCGCUUCGGCCUCGCCGCUGCCCGACAUGUGGUGGCGCGAUGCGCUACUACGCUGGAAAUUUGACCCUUGCGUGUACACUGCAGUGUAAAAAGCCAAGACAAAGGGGAAAUAAAAUCGAACCAACC